GGAUUUUUGAGUAGUUGCGCUAGGAGGCCAGAGUUGAGAGGGAUAGUGUGGAGUAGGGAUGGAGGGAGGGACCAGUUCUGAGGAGGAGAUUUAGGAUCCCAGGAUCCCAGAAUGGAAAAGGGUUGGAGGCGGAAAGAAAAAAAAAAACAAAAACGCCGAUGGGGGCGGAGGGGAGGGGGCCUGUAAUUCUGUGGCAGUCCUAGGGGAGGAGAUGGGGCGGGGGUAGCCAGAAAUAGGUGUGGUUCGGAUUCUGGAGAAGCAGUCGUUCAUGAAUUGAAAAAGAAUUUCUUCGCUCAGAGUAAAGAAGCCUGGAGCGUGGGACAGAGGCCUGACUUCUUCAGGCCAGUGGGAGGGGAAAAGGGCUCUUGUAGUUGCUGUCGGGAAGGGGUGGGAGAGAGAUCUGGCGUACGCGGGCCGGGUCUCCCUCCCAAGGAGGGGACCGAAGCCACUCGAAUGAUCCUCUUCAAGGCUUAGAUAAGCCUUAUCCAUAGCUCCUAUAGCAACAUCUGCCCCAAUUUCAGCCGAAGACCCAGGGGCCCCAGGGACUGGAAGAAAUCACAGUGCCUGCUUGGAAAGAAGAGGUAGCGGCUUGCCCCAGCCCAACCCCAGAGCGGAUUUUGAACUAAAAAUGUCUCAGUUGUCCCUGGGAGAAGCAGGGAUGAACUCACCCCAACUGAGAAUUAUUGCUCUAAGAUGCUGAGCUUCAGGUCGUCUUUCUUCGCCCUUUGCUCCCUGCCAAGUUUGUUGACCACCAUUGUACACAGGAGCUCUUGGCUAGAGGAAGUGGAGGGGCCGUGGGAUGUGGAGAGCCAAAGGCUAACUCCAGGACAGUGGAACAGAGAGAGCUGCCAGCGAACAGACGGUAGACGAGCUCAUACCUUCCAGAAUGACCAGUGCUGCCCCUGCUAAGAAACCUUACCGCAAGGCACCCCCAGAGCAUCGGGAGCUGCGCCUGGAACUCCCCGUGUCCCGGCUUGAGCAAGAGGAGCCCCUUACUGAUGCAGAGAGGAUGAAACUUUUACAGCAGGAGAAUGAAGAACUUCGCCGACGCCUGGCCUCGGCCACCAGACGCACUGAGGCCUUGGAGCGGGAGCUGGAAAUAGGGCAAGACUGCCUGGAACUGGAGUUAGGCCAGAGCCGUGCGGAGCUGGACAAAUUCAAGGACAAAUUCCGCAGGCUGCAGAACAGCUACACAGCUUCCCAGCGGACCAACCAGGAACUCGAGGACAAGCUGCACACACUGGCCUCUCUUAGCCACAGCUGGAUUUUUGCAAUCAAGAAGGCCGAGAUGGAUAGGAAGACGCUGGACUGGGAGAUUGUGGAGCUGACCAACAAGCUACUGGAUGCAAAGAACACCAUCAAUAAGCUGGAAGAGCUCAAUGAGCGGUACCGGCUGGACUGCAACUUGGCUGUGCAGCUCCUCAAGUGCAACAAGUCCCACUUCCGGAAUCACAAGUUUGCUGAUCUACCCUGUGAGCUACAGGACAUGGUUCGGAAACAUCUGCGGAACAGUCAGGAGGCCACCAGCCCCAGCCCUCCUUCGGGCCUGGCCCCAGGGGCUGUGGUGCCUACCUCAGUCAUUGCCCGGGUGCUGGAGAAACCCGAGUCCCUCCUGCUUAACUCCGCCCAGUCAGGCAGUGCUGGCCGCCCCUUGGCUGAGGAUGUAUUUGUGCAUGUGGACAUGAGUGGGGAUGUGCCAGCUGACUCAGCCAGCUCCCCUGCCCCUGGCAGUCCCUCUCCACAACCCAAUGGGGAAUGCUGUUCAGUGAGUACUGCAGGGGGCUCCCCAGAGGAGGAGCUGCCCCUGCCAGCCUUUGAGAAGUUGAGUCCCUACCCUACCCCAUCUCCACCACACCCAUUGUACCCUGGUAGGAAGGUAAUAGAGUUCUCUGAGGACAAGAUUCGAAUUCCUCGAAACAGCCCCCUACCCAAUUGCACCUAUGCCACUCGACAGGCCAUCUCCUUGAGCUUGGUGGAGGAGGGGAGUGAGCGGGCCCACCGCAGCCCAGUGCCUAGCAGUCCUGCCUCAGCCCAGGGCUCACCCCACCACCAGCCCAGUCCCGCUCCCUCAGCACUGAGUGCCCCAGCUAGCUCCGCCAGCUCUGAGGAGGACCUGCUGGCCAGCUGGCAGCGUGCAUUUGUGGACCGCACCCCACCUCCUGCUGCUGUGGUUCAGCGCACAGCCUUUGGACGAGAUGCGCUCCCUGAGCUGCAGCUGCAUUUCUCCCCGAGCCUCUCUGAAGCCCCAUCACCUUCCCUACACCAGGAGAGUAGACUUUUGCUGCCAACAGAACCUGACGCUGGCUUUCCCAGGGAAGAGGAAGAGGAAAUGCUGAACCUGCCUGUCAGCCCUGAGGAAGAGCGCCAGAGCCUGCUUCCUGAUAAAGAGGGCACAGAGGAAGGACCGAGCCCUUCCCACACUGAUGGCAGGGCCUGGCCACUCCCCAGUUCCAUCCGCCCCCAGCGCAGCCCCAAGAGAAUGGGAGUACACCACCUGCACCGUAAGGACAGCCUAACUCAGGCCCAGGAGCAAGGCACCCUGCUCAGUUAGGCCUACUUGCCUUCCUGCCAUCACCUCUCAGGGUUGCACAUGGCCCCUGAACUCUUCCCUCAGACCUGGCCAGCUCUGUUCCCUAUGUGAAUGGGGCCCCACACCAAAUCUUGCAGGCUGCUCCAGCACUGACUGGGUCCUUUCAUCUCUUGGAGUAUUUAUUCUCUGAAGGUAACAAGUCUGUUUGGGAGCUCUUUCCUCUGCCCAGUCAGCCCAGGUGUUUUCAGGGAGGUGAUAACGGGCUUGUCUGUUCAUCUCCGUUCUCCUUUCAUAUGCAAGAGCUUUGGUUGGUGGGAGGGUAUCAUUGGUGCAGCUGACCUGAUCACUUUUCCCCUGUAUGAGCUGCUCUUAGGCCUGGCCCACUUGGCCAGGGACAAGGGUGAACUCACUCAGGGUUCUCAGCUAUUCCCACUCUCCCUUCCAGAGUGGGUGGGACUUCAGGGGCCUCAAGCUAGGCUCUGGGUGAGGGCCGGCCUCAUCUUAACCUUGGCUCAAGACUGUUACUCUCAGAUUUGGGUAAUUUUCACAACAAUGGCUAUUUUAAAAUAAAAUAAAACUUAUUUUACAGGUAA